UUCGUUGUCAAAAAUGUCAAGUGAGAGGAAAAAAAAUAAUAAAAACUUUUGUACGUUUUCUUUGGAUAAAGUUGAUUAUUAAAAGCAAAAAGGUUUUUUUUUCUAUGGAUAAGUUUUAAAUUUAUAACUGCUUUUAUUCGUUGUGCUCUUUUGGAAAAAUUCAAUAAAUUUAUUAGUUGCUGAAAUUUCUUUUAUUGUUCUUUGCAAUAAAUAUUAAUUUGGAUAAUCGUGUUUGGGAAUAGAUUUAGUUUAUUUUUCUCAUGCUAGAUGUAUUUAUCCAUCUCUGCCGAACCGGCUUUGCGAGUGAAACGUUGAGAGAAGCGAUAGCAACAUUUUUAGCUACACCAAGGAUGGGUUUGAGUUCGUCGAUCCCAAUCUAGCGAGUGAGUCUGCCUCGUCAUUUCCUUCGAGUGCCCGAGCUAGAUCUUGAAGUCAUCACUCACCAGAUCUUUUAGUACUUUGUGUGAGUCGUUUGUGUACCAGGUGGCUUCAUAAGGAACUUCUAGUGAUAACCAUAAUAGACAUUAAACUGGUGGUUGAAUUCUAAUAGGUCAAACAACACCUUAAGAAGGAGUAGUAUUAACAUUUUAGGAAGUGGGUCAUAGAAACCCACAAAAUAGUAUUAUUUGAGUGAAUUAUAAGCGUUUUGGAAGCAGAACAACGAAAAAAAAGGAUGUUCCAGUUACUCCUAUAGGAUUUACCACGUAUAACCUGCCAAUUGUCAAACUUUAAAAGUGUGGUUAGGUAAACGUCAAAAAUAAAAUAAAAAUAUUUGUGGGAGUAUGAGAGAGAAGUCAUAAAGAUGAAUUUAAUCGAGGAAAGAAAAAUUGUUAUAGCGAAUAAACUUAGAAAGGAACAAGCUAAUUUGUUAUUAUUACAAGAACGACUAAUCAAAAGUUCUAAAUUAACCGAAGGUAUCGGUAAUAUUUUGAAUACCUUCGAACAAAGAUUAUCUCGACUUGAAGAUACAAUACUACCAGUAUACAACGAAACUGAAACGCUUCGUCGGGCUCAAUGCAAUAUAGAACCGACUUUACAAUUACUAGAUAAUGUGAUAAAUCACUAUGAAGUUUCUGGAGAUGUGGAACACAUAAUUGAGAAAGGUCCCGGUGAAGGUGGUACUGAUUUACAAUCUUAUAUAUACGCUUUAGAACGAUUAUCUGGAGCACAAAAGUAUUUCGAAAAAAAUAUACCUCAAAGUGUUGAACUGAUCAAUGUAACGUCUUUUUUUCAUAAAGGUAGUGAUAAACUUAACGCAGAAUUUAAACUAAUUUUGGAUAAGUACAACACGCCUAUUUUACCAGUGGUGUUACUUGAUAUGAUUAAUUUGGACGAUUCAUCGGGGAAAGAAGUAAAAGUGAUGCCAAAACAAAUACCAGAUGAGGCAAAAUCCCAUUUGAUAUUGAUAGCUAAUUGGCUGUUAGAUAAUGGUAGAGAUGAAUAUUUAACGGUUUAUGGGAAAGUACGGGGUAGUGUAUUACAAAAAUCACUUAAUUUGUUGAGAAAUCAUCAAAAAUCUGUGAGCGGGGGUAGUGUGCACGGUACAACAAGUUCCCCUAUGCUAAAACCGAAGUUUCCAAAUAGACACGAAGCUUCUAGGAAACCUUCGACGAGGAGAAUAGGGCAGGUUUUUGAAAGAAAAGCCAAUAAAAUGUUUCUGAAAGCUUCUCAUACGUUGGAACAAUCUACGGGUUUAUCUUUGGGUACUCGUAGAGCCUCACAUUUAGAUACGUCUUAUACCGGGGAAGAAUUGGAUAACGAACAAGAAAUGGAGAAUUACUUGAUAUCUGUUAUAGCUCUACAUAGAUUGAUGCAAUUUGAACAGAUUUUAAUGAAAGAUAUUAUAACACCAGCACACCAACCGAGAGUAUUCGAAUUAAUUGUAAGGGAAGCUAUGGACGCCAUAGUUCAAGAUGGAGAGAAUAUAGUUUCAAGAGCGAAAAAAUGUAUCGCCAGACACGAUUUCGCAACGGUUUUAGUUAUAUUUCCUAUAUUAAAACAACUGCGUAACUUAAAACCGGAUUUCGAAAGGACAGUCGAAGAUUAUGAUUUGAACGUGAAACAAAAAUUCGAUCAGAUACUUCAGAUGUUGCAUUCUACUGGUUCGAAGGCUUUGGAAGAUUUCGUGGAUAGUAUUAGAUCUGAUUCCGUGACGCAAUUACCCAGCGAUGGUACCGUUCACGAAAUGACCAGUAACGUUAUAAUGUUUUUAGAGCAGUUGCUCGAUUAUAUAGAUACCAUCGGGAUCGUUUUAGAAAAUGACCAAAAUUAUUCGAGACAAUUGAAUAAAUUGAAAUUUACAGAUAAAAGCAAGGCUCUUCUAGGACUUUACAUAAAAAAAGUUUUGGCGCAACUGAACCAUACUUUGAUAAGUAAAAGCGAACAGUACAAUGAUACAGCUCUGAAAUCGUUAUUCCGUUUAAAUAAUAAUAAUUACGUACUUAAAUCGUUACAGAGAACUAAUUUGAUGGAUAUUUAUCUAAUUUCGGAACCCAAUUGUCAGGAUUAUUAUUAUACCUCCAUUCAGGAUAAUAAGAAAAUGUAUUUGCAGAGCUGGAAUAAAUUAUUAAACCAUAUCAGCCCUGAUGAUCCAUCGAUUAAUAUACACAGUGAUAAAUUAAAAGAUAAAGAAAGAGCAGUUCUCAAAGAAAAAUUCGCUGGUUUUAAUAAAGAAAUUGAAGAUAUAUCGAAAGUACAAAGAGGAUAUUCCAUUCCGGAUAUUGAGUUAAGGGAAAGUAUAAAAAGGGAUAACAAAGAAUUGGUGAUUCCGAAAUAUAACGCCUUUUAUAACAAAUUAUUCUUCUUUCUCCUAUAACUUGGCCUUCACCUAUAUGAAUACAGUUACAGAAUACUCUAGAGUGUUUAAAAACUCAUAACUGGAGGAAGAGGGUAAAUCAAGGUAUAAAAUUAAAAAAAAAAACGUAAAAAAUUAUAAAUAAACCCCAAAUUUCUGUUAAUUUAUUUAUAUAAAUACAUCCAGGUGUUAUAAAUAACAAAAUAUUUAUAGUUAUCGACAACCACAUUCUGCUACCACCAUAUCUUUAUAAGCAUAUCGGUAAGUAAGAACCCCAUUAGUAUCUACGUAUAAAAUAGAAAUAGAAUCCAAAACUGUUGGGACGCAACAGGAUCUGGUGACCUUUGAAGGCGCUACGCUAUGCAGAAGUGCUUGUACUAUAGCGUGCUUAGUAGGAUUGAGAUGUUCUGCAACUGGAUAGAAACAACGACCUUGACAUUGAUACGCCUAAAGAAAUAAAUAAAACCAUCAACAAAUCACCGAAAAAUACUUUUUUAUAUACCUCGUAGCCGCUUGGUUGAACGAUCCACGUGUCAUAAUUAAUUUCCUUAAAAUCCACGUAUAAAGGUUUUUUCUUACAACUGUUUCGUAAUCUUUUCAAUUUCUUUAUUUGUUGCGUUUUUUUAGUCAAAUUAUCGUCGUCCCAUAGUCUAUUUGUUUCUUCCUCGUAAUCAUCUUCGAUGCUACGCUUUUUUCUGAAUGACGUUGGUAUCUUGAAAAUAUUUAUUAUAGAAAUAUCCAAAAAAAAAGAAAA